UCAUCAAUAGUAGCUCAACGCUGUAGCUCAUCCCUAAAUCGCCGAAACAACUGGAGCCCAGGCAAACAAAAAAGCCGUGAUUUUUUCACGUAAUUUAUGUACAUCAUGAUGGAUGAGCAACUAAUUGAUGAAGUGGCUCAGCACGGCGUCAUCUACAAUCGCCAAAAGUAUUAUCUAAACGGCAGCGUCAGCGGCGGCAAGUACGAAACCAAGGACGAGGCCUGGCAGCUCAUCGCACUGAAGCUGUGCACAGACGUGGAAACGUGUAAGAAGCGCUGGAAAUAUUUGCGCGAGCGAUAUGUGUCACAACGCAAACAGGGCGAUCCACCUGUUUACGAGCACCUGUCACGUCCGUAUUUGGAGAAAAUGAAAUUUCUGGAUCAGCACAUACAGCCGCGCAAGUCUUACCGCAAUGUGCCCAACUUUCUGACCUCGCCGCAGUCGGCAAACAGCUCUAAUUACAGUGAAUAUAAUGUGGACUCCAAGUCGAAUAGCUCACAUAAGAAUAUGUCGCAUUUCGCUGGCGCCGCUCAGAAUCAUCAUUACCACCAGCAUCAGCAGCCGACGGAUCAGAAGCAUACAAUGAAUGCGCUCAGUACAGCUGCUGCAUCGGCACUGGAGAACGUUAAUGGACAGGUUAAGAUUGAAGCGGAGAUAUUUAGAGACUUUGCUGCCGCGGUGGCAUCGCAGCAGCUGCAGCACAUUUCACAGUCACAAAUGCAGCAGCAACAGGCCGCUGCUGUGGCCGCCGUCAUGGCCGACUCCUCGCAGGGCUACCAGGAGCCGUAUCGCGACAGCACCGUGGGCUUAAAUGUCGCGCAAAAUAGCGCCGGCAGUACUGGCGGCCUCACCUCAACGUCUUCGUCCAUGAAAUCGCCGCUGUCAUCGCCGCUGACAGGCAUUGUAGGGGCUGGCGGGCAAGAGGAACAGCCUGUGCCAGCCGCACAACAGCCAGCGGUACAUUCCUCAUCCAGUGUGACCGGAACUGCCAACAGCUUACAGAUGCAAGCACAUGCCUUUAGUCAUAAGUCCAACGACGAUUUGCAUUCCUCUACGUCGAGCAACUAUCACACAAAGAAACCGCGCGUGCAGCUGACCUCAAAUGGCGCCAGCCAUGGCCAACAUUCCAGCAAUGGCGGCGGCAUGUCCAAUGCAAAUGGAUAUUUUGGACACGACAGCGACGAGGAUUCGGAUGACAAUAGCAAUGACUUAAAGGAGUCACAGAGCAUGCUACAACACGACAAUCACUAUAACAAUACAAUUAAUAUGCAGCGAAGCGGGGCAAAUGGAGGUGUUAAUAGCAACAACAACAACAACAAUAAUAAUCAGCAGCAGCAGAUCCAGCAGCAGCAACAGCAGCAGCAACAACAACAACAACAACCACAUCAAAACAUGUUUCCAUCGAAUACAGACUUCCUCUUCCAGCUUUACCAGCAGCUGCCCCAGCAAGCAGGCUCUUCGCAUGCCUCCAACUUUGGCAAAUUCCAAACGCCUCCAAAUCCGCCCAGCAUACAGCGCUCCUCGGAGCAUUUGCUGGGCGAGCUAGUAACCACGGAGCUGCUUAAAAUGAACAAGGAUCGUCGAAAAAAUGUGCAAAAAAGAAUAUUAGAAAUACUCUUCUUUGACGAUUAGGCGGGCGUUCAGUAUUAAUAGGGUCGCUUGUAAAUAGUGUAUAGAUUAGAUUUGAAUUUAAGUUGAUUAUAGAUUAAUCAUUAAGUUAAUGCAAAACAGUUUUUAAGUUGUCCGUUUGGUCGUGAACCCACCAUGGCAUUUGAAAAGUCGUUUAAGCCACACUUUCCAUCUGUGCUAGUCAUGAACUUUAAUUGACCAACAUUCAGUUUGAUUUUAAGUUAAAAGUUUAAUGUAAUUUAUGAAGUAUAUAUAUUUUUUUUUAUUUAAAGGGAUAGAUGUCCGGGUAUAUCUAGUAUACUUUUCCAAGUUCAAUUAAAACAAAAGCUGUAAUUUAUUCAUAAUGUUUAUUAAAGUGUACACGAUUACGUAUA